AUGAAGAUGGGGCACCAGCUGGGAGAUGUGUCCAUGAGCCAGUGCAACUGCUGCUCUGUGACCCGGGACUCCUUGUCCUACAUCCUCAGCAGGCCCACCCCUGGCAAGUUCAAUGAUUGCCCCAGCAAACGCUUCAGCCAGACUGUCUCCUUCUGCCUUCGUGUAGCAGAUUGCCAGGAGUGGCUCUUGAAGUCAGAAGAGAUUCUGAUGACUCUGGUCCAGGCCCUCGAUGGAUCCUGCAGCUGUGGAGUCUCUGCUGCCUACUUCAAAGAGCCAAAGGCAGCCUGCCAGGACCUGGGGCUUGUGUUCACCACUCUGCUAACUGCUAAGUCAGAGGACCAGCUGAGCAGCCUGCUGCUAGCCUUCAAGACCUUCCUAGAGACGCCCAGACUUGUGAGUUUUGACAGAAGGAACAUCACAGCGGAAAGCUCCUGCUUCAAGGAUAUUAAUGUGCCAGACUUGCCUCCAGGUGUCCCAUCAGAGAUACCAGAAGGGACUCAAGAACCUGUGCAAGUGGCCAAGCUCCUCAUCAACGAGGUGAACCCAGACAACCCAGGGGGAGGAGAGGAUGCAGAGUACAUUGAACUCUUCUACACUGGACGGACACGCUUUGACCUCCAGGGAUACUGGUUGGUCCUCUACAACGGUAAAAAUAACCGGGCCUACCGGGUGUUGGACCUGUCUGGACACCACACGGAUGAGCUGGGUUACUUCUUGGUGGGGAGCAGCGCCAUGAGCCCAGCACCCAUGAUCAGGCUGCCCCCCAACACCAUCCAGAACGGGGCGGACGCUGUGGCUCUCUACUACAGCAACACCACCUUCUACGCAAUGAACAUGGCUGUGACUGCAGAGGGGCUGGUGGACGCUGUGGUAUACACAUCCCAAAUGCUGGCGAAGGCAGACCAGCUGGUCAAAGUGCUCGUACCAGGUCAGAGAAUCCUGUACGAAAAUGAUUCUCACAGCACCGAGGAUGAGUCUCUGAGCCGCUGCCACGGCCUGAGCGAAAAAAUCCAGAGCAGCUUCCAGGUGACCACAGUGACGCCGCUGAGGGAGAACUUCUGCAGCGGCUCCUCGGCGCUGGUCCCUCCUGCCAUCCGCAUCAGUGAGCUGUGCCUAGCUGGUGGCACUACCCCCUUCCGCUUCGUUGAGCUGGAGGGGAAGCCAGGCACCAGCCUGAGAGGGCUCAGUCUGGUCUUCUUGGGGAAGGAGGGCAAGGCGCAUGCCAGUGUCCCACUGAGGGGCACCAUCGGAGUCACGGGCCUCUUCAUGUUUGCGCUGGAUGGAGGGCACGGGCACGAUGGCACAAACCUGACUUUCAAGGGCAUCUCUGCUGCUAGUGAAGGCUCCAGUGCUAUUGCUGUCUAUAGCACCAGCUUGAUUCCUGGUGGCACAAAGGCAACAUCAGAGAACUUGGUGGAUGCCUUGGUUUACACGUGUGAGCCCAGCACAGCUCGAGGACACCUGGACUUCCUUGGACCACCUUACGCUGUGCCCUGCAAUGACGGCAGGCCCGUGUCCCUGAGCCGUUGUUCCUGCGGCAAUGCCAGCACAGAGCUGCAGUUUGCCAUUUCGGACCCUACCCCUGGUCUGCAGAACAGCUGUCCCCAGGACGCCUUCGCGGUGGAUUUCCACCUCUGCCUCCUGACACCCAACUGUUCCACGUGGACCCUGCACCACAAGAAGAUGCUGGAAAGUUUGGGAAGGGCCUUGGUGAGCUCCCUAGAGGAGAAGUGCUCCUGCGGCGUCUCUGAGCUCUACCUGCAAGAGCUGAACCUGAUGUGCCUGGGCUCCCUGGUGAAGGUCUGGGGCCAGAUGUGGGCUCGGCAGCUGGAGCAGCAGCAGUCCAUUGAGACCUGGCGCCAGGGCUUCCUGGCCAGCUCCCACCCCUUCUCUGUGGAUGGGAGAGUGCUGAAAACCAGUCCUGAGUGCGUCACCCCAAAAAAUGCACCAUCCGUGUCGCACAGCGGUGCUUCCUUCCGGGGCUGGGAAGUUGCCCUGUUUGUCGUGGGAUCUCUUCUGCUCAUGUUCUUGUUGGUCAGCCUGGCAUUUUACUUCAUCAAAAGACAUCCCCCAAAUUACACCAACAUUGAAAUGAAUGACCGCGGGGAGAUUGCAGAAGACUUCUAAUGCUCCCGGGCACAGCUGCAGCGACGGGGUCUAACAGCACUGGGGUUAGGCAUGUGUCUCUGCGGGGGGCAGACUGGUUGUCCAGCUCCCCUGUCCACCGGGGUUGCUGCAAGGACCUGCAAAAUGCCCAGGUGUAUAUAUACAUAUAUAUAUAUAUAUGUGUGUGUGCAUACAGCUCUGUGUGUAUGUACAUAUGUGUGUGUGUAUACAAAUACCUGAAUUAUUUUUACACUUCUAAAUUUUUACCUCAGACUAAAG